AUGGCCGACAGACCUAAUCCCCCACUAAGCUACGAGGCAUCCGCCACCACCACCCAUCCUCACGUAGGCUCAUGCUUACUGCCGGAAGUAGUUGCCUGUCUCAAGAACUCUCGAUAUCUUCAUCUAGCAACAUCGGACGGCCUCACCCCUCACGUCUCCCUCAUGUCAUACACCUACCUCUCCUCUACGCCCUUCGACGCCUACCCCGUAAUCAUCAUGACCACAAACCCCUCCUCCAAAAAGACUCUCAACCUAUCCGCAAACCCGCGCGUCUCUUUGUUAGUGCACGACUGGGUGUCCCAUCGCCCUCCCACUCGCGCACCCAACGGUCGGGAUGGCUCUCCACCACCCGCCGCAACUCGCUCUUCCUUAGCUAGCCUGCUAUUGAAUCUGAAUACAAGCGCGUUGUCCAGUAUAUCAACCACCAUCACAGGCACAGCCCGCUUUCUCGAGGUGGGGUCCGAGGAAGAGAAAUGGUGCAAAAAUCAGCAUUUGGAGAAUAAUACCUUUGUAGCCGCGCCCGGUGAAGCGGUGCCGUUUGGUCAACAGCGACGUGGGAGUGGAGUCGCGGAGAUCCCUAUGAUUGAUGAUGAUAGUCGAGUGGUGAUUGUGCAGGUGCGAGAAGGCAGGAUUGCGGAUUGGAAGGGUGGUGUGAGGGACUGGCAAUUGGUUGGGGAGGCGCCGCAGAUUAAUGGUAUAUAA